CACCUACCGACAUGACCUCUUCUCCUCCGCGACGGGGCCUGGCGGGCAGCGAGAUAGGGCAUAACGCCUCGACGCCGACUUUGACGUCACUCAAUCUCGACGAAGGAGGCGCCGGAACUAAGCGGCAGAGCAUUGACAUUGAAAAAAGGGCUGUAGUAGCCGAUGCAGACGUCGGGCAGGAGCGUGCAAGAUCAGUGAAUGAGGGGAGAAGAACGUCCGGGUCGACUUAUUCUUCAGCGCGCUCGUCACCGACCCUUGAGAAUGGAGGCACCUCGGCGCAACGUGAAGACGGCGAAAAAGAAAAUCUGCUGAGACUCGAGGGAGAUGAGAAUCCAUUGAAUUGGCCGAAGACGAAGAAGUGGGUCAUCACCAUCGUGGCCUCCUAUUGCUUCCUGAGUGAAUCUCUAGGCGCUUCAAUGCCCAGUGGAGGAGCGGAAGCGAUCAGCAAAGACCUAGACAUGAGCAAGGAAGUCUUUAGUCUCGUCACCACUACCUAUGUCCUCGGCUACGUUUUUGGUCCCCUCAUCUGGGCGCCUCUCUCGGAGCUACGGGGACGCUUUAUCGUCAAUCUGACCUCGACUAUUGGCCUUGGUUUGUGGAAUGUCGGAGGAGCCCUGGCACCCAACACGCGGACUCUCCUGGUUCUUCGAUUCUUCGCCGGUCUCUUCGGGUCAGCAGCGCAGUCUAACUCUGGAGCAACCAUCUCGGACAUGUGGGCGCCGCGGGUCAGAGCGUGGCCAAUGAUGACUUACACAGUGUCGGCGUUAUGCGGACCAACUCUGGCACCUUUCAUCGGCGGCUUUAUCUCGACUGCUUCGCCGACGUCGUGGCGCUGGAUCUUCUGGACGUUGUCCUUGACCUCUGCUUUCACCCUGGCCUCCAUCAUGGUCAUCGGACACGAAACGUACGCGCCUGUCUUGCUCGCUCGUAAAGCCAAGAAGCUACGUCAAGAGAGGGGAGACAGUACAAUUGUGGCGCCUAUAGAGGAGGCGAAAGUGGACCUGAAAGAGGUUCUCACCGUCUAUGUCUCGCGCCCUCUUCGACUCACCGUCACUUUUCUUCCCUGCGCCUACACCUGCUUCGUAAUGUCGUUUGCCUACCUGGUGCUCUUCAUCUUCUUUGAGGCGUUUCCGGUCAUUUUCAGUGGCGUCUAUGGCUUCAACCCGGGAGAGUCAGGACUGGCCUUCUUGCCGGUGGCGGUCGGCAUCGUUGCAUCACUGCCUUUCGUUGCUUACUUUAAUCGUUACUACGUGCGAAAACGUGACGAGAAAGAGGGUCCGGCGCCCGAGGCUAGGCUUAUUAUGACGGCCUAUGCCGCACCGCUAUUCAUCCUCGGCUUUCUCUGGACGGGAUGGACCGCCAGAAAAGACAUCCAUUGGAUUGUGCCGAUGCUGGGUGAGAUUCCCGUUGGUAUCGGCCUCAUUUUCUUUUUCAACUCGCUUGCGACCUACGUUGUCGAGUGCACGCAAAGAUAUGCAGCCAGCGCUCUGGCGGCCGCCUCCAUGUCACGGUCGCUCCUUGCGGCCAUUGCGCCGCUUUACGGUCGGCAGAUGUUUGAAUGGAGCAUUGGCUGGUCCAUGUCGAUUCUCGCCUUCAUAUCGCUCGCCAUCUCGCCACUACCCUACUUCUUUUACCAGUGA